GCCGCUUAGAUGUACGCCAGCAGUCGGAGGAAAUAGAACGUGCAAUCGGUGAUAUCUCUGUCUAUAUAGCUGCGGCAGGAUCUCAAGGAGCGCAUUUGUGGCUGUGAAGCAUAACCCUACACAUAAACGAUCAACAAUGGAAGCGGCAACAAGUACAAGUGCCAGUGUGGCGAUGGAUAUGAAACAUCCUUGGAUGGUGGCAGAACCAUGGUUCAUGGUCACCAUACUGGGACUAUAUAUGUACUUCGUUACUUCGGUGGGUCCACUAUUUAUGCAAUUCCGCAAGCCCUACGAGCUCAAAAAGCUGAUCAUAGGCCACAAUGUGAUGCAGGUGCUCUCCUGCAUCUACGUCCUUAGAGAGGUCUUCUAUCUGUCAGACAACUCCAUAUGGAUGUUCUGGAAAUGCCGCGACCUGGGCAGCAGCCCUGAAAUGGUGAAGCGCUACUUUCAGCUGUCAUACUUCCUCUUUUGGGUGAAGAUGUCGGAGCUCUUGGAGACGGUUAUCUUUGUGCUGCGCAAGAAGCAGAAUCAAGUAUCGAAUCUGCACAUAUUCCAUCACUUUUCCACCCUGACACUGAUCUACAUGCUCAUACACUACAACCAGAAUGGUGUUGCCGCUUACUACGUCGUAUUCCUCAACUCCGUUGUGCACAUCAUCAUGUACUCGUAUUACUUAGUCACAGCGGUGGCCGAUAAGAAAGUUAUCCGCGCCCUCACGCCCAUCAAGAAGUCCAUCACUGUGAUUCAAAUGAUGCAGUUUUGCCUAAUACUGACCCAGGUGGGGUUCCAGACUGUUAUUUGCGGCAUCUCGAAGGUAGUCUUAGUCUACUUUACGUUUGUUAUCACGGUCAUGUUGUAUGGCUUUUACGACUUUUAUACGAGAGCCUACCAGAGCCCGCCGAAGGGCAAGGGCCACGCUUCUGUGGAGUAAAUAGAUAAGUUUGAACAAUACAUGCGAACCAACAAGUUGA